GGUGCCUUGGGGUUCGGAUAUUUCCGUCCACCCACGCGCCCCCUCGCCGCCACGCCAUCCAUGCUAAUUCCGGGGGCUCCGGGAGGCAUCUUAGGGACACGAGGCUCGAGUCUAAUGCGCAUGUACGGUCCCACGCCUGCGCUGCCCGACCCCUAGACACCCUCGAGGGAGCCGGUCGCGCUUCGCAGGAGGAGCGUCGUCGCUGCUGUCGUCGUCCCCGCCGUCCUGCUGCUGUCGUCCCCGUCGGCGUGGGGCGGGGGGGCAGGGGGCGUAAGGAGCGCCCGAAGGUCGGCGACGUGCCUCUGAGGGACGGCGCCAGGAGGCUGCUGCCUCGAGCAGCAAGACAAACACAGAAGACGUAUCAUGGCCCAGCGCCUCUACGGCACCUCUGAAGGACGGGCCCGGAGGAGGCCGGCGCGGUCACCACGUGCCCGCGCCAACUGCAGCACGGACAGGGAGAGGGAGGCACGAGGAGCCUGGUCACACAGGUCACAGGUCAUGGUCGAGCACAGGUCACAGAUCAUGGUCCGUGCAUGUGAAAACAACUGGCCGACUCCUGUGGUGUGGGGCGGGCUCGAGAGGUCUGAGAUGCUCCAGGGGAAAGGAGUAAGAAGAUGAGGAGGAGCCGGGGAGGAGCAGGGAGGGAGGGGAACAAGGGUAGGAAGGAACGCCGCCAGGCUGGCCAAUUCAGCAACACGCAUGGGGCGUGGGAUGCGAAACGAGCUUGGCUCGGAUGGCUGAACUGCCAACCGUUCAUCAGGAAUUCCUCCGUGAACCAAGGCGGAUCCCGGCUGGCUGCUGCAGCAACACUCAUGGGGAUGGGUCCUAGUCACGGAGACCUUCGAACAUAUCCUCCUCUGCUCCCCCCCUCGCGUCGCUCUCAUCAACCUCCCUUCUUCAAAAGAUAUCCAAGCUCCGAGGCCAACAGGGAGCACGAUGCCCUCGCGCCGGUUGGGCGGUAUGCGAGGGCCGUGCUGCACCACGGCUGACAUAACGGAAUGCGGAGGGCAGCAUCAUCGUCCCCAUCCUCAUCCUCCUGCUGCCGCUCCUCUAAAACGCUCCACAUGGGAGAUGACGAAAGGGCCUUGCCCGCUGGACAACCGCAUCUCUCCAAAGCCCAGAAGACGCAUCAAGCGUCUGGAGAAGAUUGCUCGAACAAAAAAAAACAUGAACCUUGAAAUGGCCCGGCGCCUCUGUGGCACAUCUGCAGGGCGGGCUGGGAGGAGGCCGCCGCGGUCACCGCGCGCCCUCGCCGGCUGCAGCACGGACAAGAAGGAGGACGAGGAGCCUAGCCGACUGGGUUGCUUCGAUCACAGAUCAGAGAUCGUCCGUGCAGCGAAGCAAAAGUAUGGCCGACUCCUGAAGGGUGGGGUGGGCUCGAGGGGUCUGAGAAGCUCCACUCCAGGGAAGGAGGAGGAGGAAGAGGAGAGGAGGAGGAGGAGGAGGAGGAGGAGGAGGAGGAGGAGGAGGGAGGGUAAAAAGGAUCACCUCCCGGCUGGCGACUGCAACACCAUUCGUGGGAGGUAGGUAGUGAAACGAACCUGGUGCUGAUGGCUGUACAGACACUCGCUCACCAGGCGUUCCUCGGUGGACCAAGGCAAAUCCCGCGGACAAACAGAAGCAGGAACCAGGCGCCCAUCGCGCGGCGAGAAACCACGACGCCGCCCACCGCCAGGGUCCAUCCCUUGGGCGGUGGCGGCCGCUGAGAAACCCCCCCCGCGCCCGAAGCCCCUUGGCGGGGGGGGCUUGAGCCGCUCUCCCGAGCAGCGCAGCCAUGACGCGCGGCGCCGCGCUGUUCCGCGCUGGCGCCCGCGCAACAACGUCGUUCCCCGCUUGUGUCCCGCAACAACGCAAGCGCCGGGUUGUCGAAAUGUGAAUCAGAGGCACUUCGAUUGGCAACAUAGAAUGUAGAUCCCGGCUUGGCUGAUUCGCCAGGUCGUCGUAACGAACUGAUCCAGAGCUUUCGGCCGGUAAACAAGUAUGUGCCGGAGGAUCCAGAGAUUUUGACUGACACUGGACGGUAUACCGACAGUUUGGAAACGCACAGCUAGGUAGAUGUAGGAAAGGGCAGCCGGCCGGCCGAGGGCGCGCCCCUUUUCCAUCUGAUUGCAGCCAGGUGCAGCUGCGGUUGACGCGAUGACCCGCGGCGGUGUCCGGCGUCAGCGGCGGCGGAUGACGGCGAGGAAAGAGUCAUAUUACCUGGAUGCCCCGCGCGGAACAAGCCCAGAGCGCGCAAGCAUGGCUGUGGAUGUUCUUCGCUCGUGAGCGUCGCCUGUUAACUUGCAGACCCCCGGGAGGGGGCGAAACAUGCAGCCGUGUCUUUCGGUGAGGAUCGUAUCUGAUUCGGGAGCAGACGCGUUGUGCUGCCUCUCCUCCGGCUUCG